UGCCUUCGUCUUCCUCUUCCUCCUUCCUCCUUCUCCUCCUCCUCCUUCUGCUUCUCCUUUAUCGAUCAGUACGCUUCGGAUUGGGUUCCGGAAGAGGCGGCGGAGGAGUCUUCGAUGGCGUACCACAACCAACUGCCGCGGGAGCUGACGGCGUUGCCAUACGCGGCAGAGGCACAGCAGCAUCAGCUGGGGGGAGGCGACGGAUCGGCAGUGCUCAGGACAGCGAUGCACCAUUUUUCCGUUCGCGAUGCCGGUGGAUCCGUGAAGGACGACGAGGGCGGGAAGGAGCUCCACCGCCUCGUGAAGGGCGCCGGGCCCACGUGGCUCAACAGCGGAAUUGUCCGACCGGAUAACGGGCAGCCCUUCGGCGACGGGAGCUUCCUGCACCUCCAGACCACCUCCGAAUCCUCCGUGUCCGCGGGACACUGGUUCCCUCGCCCCCCGAUCUUGCAUCGCGACGGCGGCGGCGGCGGCGGCGACGACGACGUCCCCGCCCCAGCGAGCGACGCCGCGGGGAUCUCUGGCGCGCGCGGGGAGAUCGCGGAGGCGGCUUCCGGGGAGGGGACGUGGCAGAACGCGAGGUACAAGGCGGAGAUCUUGGGGCACCCCUUGUACGAGCAGCUCCUGUCGGCGCAUGUCGCGUGCCUGAGGAUCGCGACGCCGGUGGACCAGCUGCCCCGGAUCGACGCUCAGCUCGCCCAAUCGCAGCACGUGGUGUCCAAGUACUCGGUGCUCGGCAACGGCGGCCACAUGCUCGGCGACGACAAGGAGCUCGACCAGUUCAUGACACACUACGUCUUGCUGCUUUGCUCCUUCAAAGAACAGCUUCAGCAGCAUGUACGCGUGCAUGCGAUGGAGGCAGUGAUGGCUUGUUGGGAGCUUGAGCAAGCACUUCAAAGCUUGACAGGUGUUUCUCCUGGGGAAGGAACAGGUGCAACUAUGUCUGAUAACGAUGACGACGACGAUCAGGUCGAUAGUGAAACAAAUCUGUUUGAUGGAAGCUUUGAUGGACCAGACAGCAUGGGAUUUGGCCCACUUGUUCCAACAGAGAGUGAAAGAGGCCUAAUGGAACGAGUUAGACAGGAACUGAAACUUGAGCUAAAACAGGGGUACAAGGAUAAGAUUAUAGACAUCAGAGACGAGAUUCUUCGCAAGAGAAGAGCUGGGAAACUGCCAGGUGAUAGCACUUCUAUGCUGAAAGCUUGGUGGCAGUCCCACUCCAAGUGGCCAUAUCCAACGGAGGAUGACAAAGCAAGAUUAGUGCAAGAAACAGGAUUGCAGCUAAAGCAGAUUAAUAAUUGGUUCAUCAACCAGAGGAAGAGGAACUGGCAUAGCAAUCCCUCUUCAUCAACUUCUCUAAAGAGCAAGCGCAAAAGAUAGAGAGACAUUGUUGGUGCCUUCUAUUUGCCAGGAAUUAAUCCACAACUUCCAUCAAGUGAAGCAAUCUCCCUCCAGAAACUAAUGACUAAAUAUUAAAUCUCUAUAAAGGAGGAUGAUUUGAUUUGUUUUGAGCCAGUGCUACAGGUUUGUAUUGUUUUGCUAAAAGAAAAAUGUUUGAGAAAAUCUUGAAAAAAAUUCUUCUUGUCCACUUACAAAUUGGUGGAGUAAGUUUUCAGGAUUAUGUAUACAUGUGGCUUGUGAAUAUAAGUAGAUGUUCAUUUGCAUUCGGUAAGACAAAUAUGUUUUAAGGAUUAUGUGGAUGAAGCUUUUUGUUUUAAAUUUA